AUGGCAAAGGACAUACCUGUUUCUGUCAAAGAUGCUGUUUUCAAAUUGCAAAUGUUACUCCUUGAAGGCAUUCAAAAUGAAGAUCAGCUGUUUGCUGCUGGAUCUUUUAUGUCAAGGAGUGACUAUGAAGAUAUUGUAACGGAACGGUCCAUCACAAAUGUGUGCGGUUACCCACUCUGCUGCAAUGCCUUGCCAUCUGAUCGCCCUCGGAAGGGUAGAUACCGGAUUUCGCUGAAGGAACACAAGGUCUAUGACCUACAAGAGACUUACAUGUUUUGUUCUUCAAAUUGUGUUGUCAGCAGCAAAGCUUUUGCUGGGAGCUUGCAAGCUGAGAGAUGCUCAGCUUUAGACCCAGAAAAGCUAAACAAUGUGCUUAGGUUAUUUGAGAAUUUGAAUUUGGAACAGACAGAAAGUGUGCGAAAGGAUAGAGAUUUAGAUUUGUCCAAUUUGAAAAUCCAGGAGAAAACUGAAACAAGCAGUGGGGAGGUGUCUUUGGAGCAGUGGGUUGGACCAUCAAAUGCAAUUGAGGGUUAUGUGCCCAAACCAAGAGGUCAUGAAUUGAAGGGUUCACGGAAAAAUGUUAAAAAAGGGUCCAAAGCUGGACAUGGCAAGUCAAAUAGUGACAAAAAUUUAAUUAAUAGUGAGAUGAACUUCGUGAGUACUAUAAUUAUGCAAGAUGAGUAUAGUGUUUCAAAAGCACCCCCAGGUCAAACAGACACAACACAUCAUCAAAUUAAUCAAACAGCUGACAAGCAACCAGAAAAGGUUGGCCAUAAAGUGGCCAGGAAAGACGGGGAUAACAUUCAAGAUCUGUCUUCAUCUUUUAAGAGUGGUUUAAAUUUAAGUACCUCAGAAAACGAGACGGAAGUAUCCAAAUCUUGUGAAGCUGUGGUCAAAUCCUCUCCCAAUCUGGCUAUUAAAACGAAAGAUGUAAAUUCUGCAAGUAAAUCACUGCAACUUAAAGGGGAGACAAGUAGAGUAACUGCUAACGGUGAUGCUUCCACUUCCAAUUUUGAUGCUGACAAUGUUAAAGAUAAAUUCCAAGUAGAAAAAGCAGGUGGAUCACGUGAGACUAAACUAAAAUCCUCCCUUAAAUCUGCUGGUGAAAAGAAACCUAGCCGCACCGUUACUUGGGCAGAUGAGAAAGUCAAUGGUCCUGGGAAUAAAGAUCUUUGUGAGGUUAAAGAAUUUAGAGAUAUUAGAAAAGAAGCUGAUUCAGUAGGUAACAUAGAUGUUGCUGAUGAUGAAGAUAUGCUACGUCAAGCAUCAGCAGAAGCUUGUGCAAUUGCAUUGAGCCAAGCAUCAGAAGCAGUUUCAUCUGGAGACUCAGAUGUCACUGAUGCUGUUUCUGAAGCUGGAAUUAUUAUAUUACCUCGGCCAAAUGAUGCUGUUGAGGAAGGUACUAUGGAGGAUGCUGAUAUACUACAAAAUGAUUCAGUUACUCUGAAAUGGCCAAAUAAGCCUGGUAUUUCUGAUAUUGAUUUCUUUGAAUCUGACGACUCAUGGUUUGAUGCUCCUCCAGAGGGAUUCAGUUUGACUUUGUCACCUUUUGCAACUAUGUGGAAUGCCAUCUUUUCAUGGAUGACAUCAUCUUCUUUGGCUUACAUAUAUGGGAGGGAUGAAAGUUUUCAUGAAGAAUAUCUAUCAGUCAAUGGGCGAGAAUAUCCUUGUAAAAUUGUCUUGUCAGAUGGUCGGUCAUCUGAAAUAAAACAAACUUUAGCUGGUUGUCUUGCUCGAGCUUUUCCUGCACUUGUUGCUGGGCUUCGACUGCCAAUACCAAUAUCUACCUUGGAGCAAGGGAUGGCAUGCUUGCUGGAGACAAUGUCAUUUGUGGAUGCACUUCCAGCUUUCAGAACAAAACAAUGGCAAGUGGUUGCUCUUUUGUUUGUUGAUGCUUUAUCCGUUUGUAGAAUACCUGCUCUUAUCACAUACAUGACGGAUAGGAGGGCUUUGUUUCACAAGGUUUUGAGUGGUUCUCAAAUAGGUAUGGGAGAGUAUGAGAUUUUGAAGGAUCUUGUAGUACCCCUAGGCCGAGCACCUCAUAUCUCUGCCCAAAGUGGGGCAUGA